AUGGCGGAGGAGACCAUGCCGCAUGUCAUGCCUGCGCUGCUCAGCGGCGCGCAGCUCUCUCACUUACAGGCGCAGGAGACCUUGGGCACAGCGCAACUGCGGGAGGCCGUGAAGUGUCCCCCCAGUGUGGACGAGGAGACGUGGAUUGCCUCACAGAUGAAGGAGAUCUUUCUGGAGGUGGUCCGCAUGGUGCACUUCUUGACCUCCUUCUGUGAUGACACCACCUGCCCCAGGAUGUGUGCAGGCGAUGCGGAGUACAAGUGGGCCGAGGUGGAUGGCAGCGUCAGCUGGAUGCCGGCAGCGCGAUACAUGUCGCGACUCAUUGAGGACGUGGAUCAAAGGUUGAUCGACCAGAGCCUGAUUCCCACGGAUGGGUCGCCCAUGCCGCGGCACCUGCGGGGCGAGUUGGAGACGAUGCUGCGGCGCCUCUUCCGUGUUUAUGCACAUGCGUAUAUCCACCACUUCCGCACCAUCCAGGAGUGCGGCGCGGAAGCGCAUGUGAAUUGCAGCUUCAAGCACUUCCUUUUCUUUGUCUUGGAGUUUCAACUGGUCCGAAUGGAUGAGAUGUUGCCACUUUCUUUUGCUGCGCCGGUCCCCGCCCCUUGGCGCGCCCAUGUGACGCGCCCGGCAAUGGAGGACAAGGAGACGACUGGCCCUCGCCAGGAGAGAAGACAUGGACCGUUGUUGAGGGCGCUCACCGUGCGGAUCGUUGAAGUUUACAGCAACUGCUCUGGCGAGUAUGCCUACUCAACCAAUUCGAAUCCGAAGCGAACAUUGACUUGGCCCUGCAAUGGCGUUCACAAUGGAGGUUUGGACAACGCAGAACACAACUACAUCUGUCACGUUGGAGACAAGGUUAUGAACCAGGAUGCCAAUAAGUCCUACGAAAUCCUGGAGAGUCUAGGACAAGGCAGCUUUGGUCAAGUUCUGAAGUGUCAGGUGGACCAGUCGUUUGUAGCGCUGAAAAUCAGCAAGAACCGACCUGCGUACUUCAAUCAGGGCUGUGUGGAAGCGAACAUCCUGAAACGUUUGAAUUCCCUUUUCGAUUCCGACGACACGCAGCACAUCGUGCGGAUGUUGGAUGCCUUCGUCUUCCGAAAGCAUCUGUGCAUCGCCUUCGAGUUGUUGGAUAUGAACCUCUUGGAAUUCCUGAAGUGGAACAACUACAAAGGUGUGGCCAUGGCGACCAACCAGAGCGUCACGCGCGAACUCCUGGAGGCAUUGCGAUGUCUGAAUCAUGCGUCCCUGAUCCACUGUGACCUCAAGCCGGAGAAUGUGAUGGUGUGCAGCAUGAUGCCUAUGAGGAUCAAGUUGAUCGACUUCGGGUCUGCGUGCACAGAGAGCUCGAUGCUCCACAGCUACAUCCAAUCGCGCUUCUAUAGGUCACCCGAGGUGAUUUUGGGUCUUCCCUACAGCAGCGCCAUUGACCUCUGGAGUUUGGGAUGCAUCUCUGCUGAGCUCUGCUUAGGCUUGCCCCUCUUUCCAGGCCAGUGCGAGUAUGACCAACUGCGCUGCAUCACGAAGAUUUUGGGUCUGCCGCCCAAAGACAUGUUGGCCACGGGCUCCAAGAGCAAGCGGUACUUCAAACGUGAGGAGCGUGCGGAAUCGAAUUCAGAAGAGGCAGUGCCUGUGGAGAGCCAUGGCAGCCAUGCCUCAGGCGAUUCCUCUCUGGAGGCCAAUUCCGUUGCCACCACUGCCAGCAGUCGUGAGGCAACUGAGACCACAGAGGCAGCAGAAGGUUCAUCCUUCAAGGAGAUUUCGGGAAAGAAGAGCUGCUGGCGCUUGAAAACAGGAGAGGAGUACGAGCAUGACUUCAACAAGAAAGCAGUUCGUAGCAAGCGCAGCUGGAAUUUUACGUCAGUUGAGGACAUCGUGAAAGAUGUGCCUGAGGCCAAUCGCAACUGCUUCCUGCAGUUCCUGACAGGUCUUUUCCAGAUGGAUCCCAACAUGAGAUGGACGGCCAAGCAGGCUUUGCAGCAUCCCUUCGUGAACGAAGAAGAUGCAGGGAACCUCAGAGGUUUCCGAAGGGCCAGCUAUGAAGACCUGGACAAACUUUGGAUAGGCUCGCCGCGCCCGGUGGAUAUCUGGGUCGUGGGGGCCCAAAAAGGACACCAUGGGACUCAGUUGUCCUCGUCCAUGGCGAGUUGGAAUCGGAUCAACUGGGAUCAACUGGGAACGGCGGACGCGGCAGCGCGACAAAACAAUUGA